AUGGGUCCAACUUAAGGGAAAGAGUUAUCUCCAUAAAUGAGAGAACGAGUGUUAAAGUUAUUCGCAAGAUUCGAUGUGGAUGGAUCAAAGUCCAUUGAGAAGUCGGAAACAAUAAAAUAUUGGAAGAGUAAUUUUGCAAAAUUGAAUACAGAGGAAUUAUUUAAGUCAGUAGACACUGACAAUAGUGGUACGAUAUCAGAAGAGGAGUGGCUAAACUUUUGGACAUCAGUUUUACGUAGUGGGCAUACAGAAGAAGAAAUAGCUGAUGAAUUAGAAAGUAUUGAAUCUGGAUCUUCAUGGGUAAAAUUCGAGAAUUUGGAAAACAAGAAGGGUUGACGUUAAUCAUCAAUAUUCAAAUAUAAAAAUAU